AAGGCAGACCCAGAGUCUUUUCAGUGGUGCCCAGUGCCAGAACAAGAGGCCAUGGGCACAAACUGGACCACAAGAGAUUCCCUUUAACCAUCAAGGAAGCACUCCUAUGCUGUGCAGGUGCUGGAGCACUGGCACAGGUUGUCCAGAAACGCUGUGCAGAAUUCUCCUUGGAAGAUCUUCAAAAUCUGCCUUAACAUUGUCCUGGGAAUCCUGCUCUGGGUGCCCCCUGUUUGAGCAGAGCUUGGACCAGAGGGACCCAGACCUUCCUGCCAACCUCAACCAUCCUGUGGUCCUGCGAUUCUGUGACGCCAUGCCUGUUGUUUUGGUCCGCCCAACCAAUCGGACGCGGAGGGUGGAUUCUACGGGAGCCGGGAUGGGCCCGUCGUGGCGGCAGCGGGACUCUCCCUUACCGACCAUAACGCAUUGCGCAAGGUGCACCACCGUCCGGUCCUCCUGCGGCUUUAACGGCCCCGGCAUGGAGGCGCCGCGGCACUUCCCGCCGGGUUUCGGCCCCGAGCAGCAGCAGCGCCCGCCGGCGCCGCCGCACUGCCGGCAGAAGCAGGACAAGGCGAGUCUCCUCCUCCAGCAGCAGCAGCAGAGUCCGUGCCUCCAGUGCAACAACUGCGCCUACUACGGGGCUGCGGCGGCGACCGCCGGGGAUAACCUGCCGCUGCUGCUCCGAGCCUCCUCGCCGCUCUCGGGCACCUUCCGCACCCGCUCCUCUCCGCUCUCCUCUGUCGCCUCCUCCCGGCAGGGCAGCCAGCUGAAUGUCAGCGAGCUGCCCUCCUCCAGUCAUGCUGGCGCAGCGAGGCAGCCUUCCCAGCACGCUCCACACCACCAGUGCCACAGCCUGCAGCAGGCAGCGAGCCCCGGCAGCAGCGGCAGCAGCGGCAGCGCCCACCACCACCACCACCAGCAGCAGCAGCAGCCCCAGCAGUCCCAGCAGCGCCGGGAGAGCAAUCCCUUCACCGAAAUAGCCAUGAGCAGCUGCAGGUACAACGGCGGCGUCAUGCGGCCACUCAGCAACCUGAGCUCGUCCCGCAGGAACCUGCACGAGAUGGACGCUGAGUCGCAGCCGCUCCAGCCGCAGCUCUCCAGCCCCAACGCCGCCGGCCCGGAGGUCGUGGUCUCUAAGCCCGAGCACAACAACUCCAACAACCUAGCGCUCUACGGUCCCGCCGGCCCCGGCCCCGGCCCCGGCCCGGGCGGCCCCAACAACGGCGGGAGCAAGCCCAGCAAGAAGAAGAACCAGAACAUCGGCUACAAGCUGGGGCACCGCCGGGCGCUGUUCGAGAAGCGCAAGCGCCUCAGCGACUACGCGCUGAUCUUCGGCAUGUUCGGCAUCGUGGUCAUGGUCAUCGAGACCGAGCUGUCCUGGGGCGCCUACACCAAGGAGUCGCUGUAUUCCCUCGCUCUGAAAUGCCUUAUCAGCCUCUCCACGAUCAUCCUGCUCGGGCUCAUCAUUGUGUACCAUGCACGGGAGAUCCAGUUGUUCAUGGUGGACAAUGGAGCAGAUGACUGGAGAAUAGCCAUGACUUAUGAGCGUAUUUUCUUUAUCUGCUUGGAAAUACUGGUGUGUGCUAUACAUCCCAUACCCGGGAACUAUACGUUCACAUGGACAGCCCGACUUGCCUUUUCUUAUGCUCCAUCCACAGCAACAGCUGAUGUGGAUAUUAUUUUAUCUAUACCAAUGUUCUUAAGACUAUAUCUUAUCGCCAGAGUUAUGCUUUUGCAUAGCAAACUUUUCACUGAUGCCUCAUCUAGAAGCAUUGGAGCAUUAAAUAAGAUAAACUUCAAUACUCGUUUUGUUAUGAAGACUCUAAUGACAAUAUGUCCAGGAACUGUACUGUUGGUUUUUAGUAUCUCAUUAUGGAUAAUUGCUGCAUGGACUGUCCGAGCUUGUGAAAGGUACCAUGAUCAGCAGGAUGUUACUAGUAACUUCCUUGGAGCCAUGUGGUUGAUCUCGAUAACUUUUCUAUCCAUUGGAUAUGGUGACAUGGUACCUAAUACGUACUGUGGGAAAGGAGUCUGUUUACUCACUGGAAUCAUGGGUGCUGGGUGCACUGCACUGGUGGUAGCUGUGGUGGCAAGGAAGUUAGAACUUACCAAAGCUGAAAAACAUGUGCAUAAUUUCAUGAUGGACACCCAGCUAACUAAAAGAGUGAAAAAUGCAGCUGCCAAUGUACUCAGGGAAACAUGGUUAAUUUAUAAAAACACAAAGCUCGUUAAAAAGAUAGACCAUGCAAAAGUAAGGAAACAUCAACGCAAAUUCUUGCAAGCUAUUCAUCAAUUAAGAAGCGUAAAAAUGGAACAAAGGAAACUGAAUGAUCAAGCCAACACUUUAGUGGACCUGGCAAAGACUCAAAACAUCAUGUAUGACAUGAUCUCUGACUUAAAUGAAAGAAGUGAAGAUUUUGAGAAGAGAAUUGUUACUCUGGAAACUAAACUGGAAACUUUAAUUGGUAGUAUUCAAGCUCUCCCUGGACUGAUUAGCCAGACAAUCAGCCAGCAACACCGGGAUUUCCUUGAGGCUCAGAUACAAAAUUAUGAUAAGCAUGUCACCUACAGUGCUGAGCGAUCGCGAUCUUUGUCAAGAAGAAGGAGAUCCUCCUCCACAGCACCACCAACUUCAUCGGAGAGUAGCUAGAAGAUAAUAAGUUAACUGCAAAAUAAAGACUUUUUGCCAUCAUAUGGUCAAUAUUUUAGCUUUUAUUGUAAAGCCCUAUGGUUCUAACCAGCGUUAUCUGGGUUCUGAUGUCAGAGUCCUGGAAACCUGAACACAAUGUUUUAGGCCAAAAUGAGUGAAAACUCUUUUUUUUGUUUUUUUUUUUUUUUCCCCCUCCUCCUCUCAGAUGCACAGUGAAUGCACCUAUUAUUGCUAUAUUACAUUGUUCCUCCUGUAACUUCACUAACUUUUUAUUCAUGCAUUUCAAACAAACUUUACUUACUAGAAUAUAUAAUAUAAUAAAGAAGUUAAUUUCUGCACAUUCUUUCUUGGUUACUUGAACUUUAACAGUUUUUAAAAGAAGCUCACAAUCACGAAGUCUAGUUAUAAACCUUUAAGAAACAAAAUUGAAGCUUAAUCAUUAUCUCUCAGAAGGAAAACUGAUUCUCUAAACUCUGCUUGCAGUGGAGGGGGAAAAAAAUCUGUGUUCAUCUAACAGUGUGCUGAAUAAUGUAUAGUCAUUUUAAAAUGUCAACAACAGCUUCAAUUUCAAUGGGGAUUAAUUAAAAAUAUAGUUUAUCCUAGAAAAUGA